UUUUCCUGCCUGCGGCUCAAAGUUUGGGGACGCUGACCUGCCGCUGGAGUCGAACCGGGCCCCGGGGGCGUCUUUUUUCCUCCCUCUCCGUCCCGUUAACGUCCAACCACUUUGAAUUGUUUCGGAUUCUAUUUUUGUUUCCUCUCCGGUCUCGCGGUUCUUCUCGCUUCCCGCCGCUGGUGGUCGUGUCCUGCUCGGAGGCGUUUUGUCAUCAAACUUUUGACAAAAGUCUUCAUUCUUGCUCGUUUCACUUUCAUAUUUCCAACCUACAUUAAUCACUUAGUGACCGAUGUCCCAAAAUCAUUAUUUUUUUGGUAUAACUUCGUCGCUGGCGGGACUAUAUAGCCGUGCUGACAUCUUCUCCCUCACCCGACAGACGUCUUCUGCAAUCCUCCUCUCCAACUAGAACCAGCAUGAGGCCAGGGUCCGUUUGCCUGCUGCUGCUGCUGCUGCUGGAGUCGCUCCUGAUGUGCAGCGCUGCCAGAGGUCCGCCCAGGGUGUCCGAGCGAGUGGCCCACCGGCAGAGCGUCCGCCUGGGUCGCACCAUGAAGCUGCCCUGCCCCGUGGAGGGCGACCCGCCGCCGCUCAUCAUGUGGACCAAAGACGACCGCAACAUCCACAGCGGCUGGACGCGCUUCCGGGUGCUGCAGCACGGCCUGCGCAUCAAAGACGUGGAGGCGGGCGACGCCGGCACGUACAUCUGCAAGGCCACCAACGGCUUUGGCAGCGUCAACGUCAACUUCUCCCUCAUCAUCAUCGAUGAUUCGGGUUCCAGAGCAGCAGGCAGUGGAUCGGAACACGCUCCAGAACUUUCCCUGAAGCUCGUGCGGCCUCGUUUCACGCAGCCCGCCAAGAUGAGGAAGCGCGUCAUCGCUCGGCCGGUGGGCAGCUCCGUGCGCCUCAAAUGCGCCGCCAGCGGCAACCCUCGGCCCGACAUCGUGUGGCUGAAGGACGGCCGGCCGCUAGCGGGGGGCGAGGGAGGCGGCGUUGGCGAAGGCGAGGAGGCGGGCGGGAAGAAGAAGUGGACUCUGAGUCUGAGGAGCCUGGCGCCGGAGCAUAGCGGCAAAUACACGUGUCACGUGACCAACCCGGCGGGCCACAUCAACGCCACUUACAAAGUGGAAGUCAUACAGCGCACCAACUCCAAACCCAUCCUGACGGGCACCCACCCGGUCAACACCACCGUGGACUACGGAGGAACCACCUCGCUGCAGUGCAAAGUGCGCAGUGACGUCAAGCCCGUCAUCCAGUGGCUGAAGAGAGUGGAAGCCGGAGACGAGGGCAAGUUCAACUCCACCAUCGAGGUGGGGGACCAUCACUUUGUGGUUCUGCCCACUGGGGAGGUCUGGUCCCGACCCGACGGAUCUUAUCUCAACAAGCUGCUGAUAACGCGAGCCAAGAAGGAGGACGCCGGCAUGUACAUCUGUCUGGGCGCCAACACCAUGGGCUACAGCUUCAGGAGCGCCUACCUCACCGUCACGCCAGAUGUGACGCCCCAAAACAACUUGGUGGUUUCAGCGGCGUCCCCCAGCCUCCCCUGGCCCGUCAUCAUCGGGAUACCGGCGGGCGUGGCCUUCAUCCUGGGCACCGCCCUCCUCUGGUUCUGCCGGUCCAAACGCCCCUGCGCCGCCUCGGCUCCCCCCGCGUCUUCCGCUCCCCCCGCAGCCCAGCGCCUCCCGGUGGCGGGCCGGGAGCGAGCGUACCCUCCCGCUCAGCCGGGCGGCGCGGACAAGGAGCGCCUGUCCUACGAGGACUACGUGGCCCACCAGCAGCAGCAGCUGCUCGCCAAGGCCGGCGGCGGCCCCGCCCCCAAACUCUACCCUAAAAUCUACACGGACGUCCACACGCACACGCACUCGCACGUGGACGGUAAAGUGCACCAACACCAACACAUCCACUACCAGUGUUAGCGCACAAACGCCGACUUUUGGCGCACCAGUGAAGAAUGUAAAGAUUUUUAUUUUCAAAAGUGUUUUUAUUUGAGAGCGUUGGCGUCGUGUUCAACGUUUGACUUCUCAAGCUCGCCUUUCUCGUGCAUCGUCCAGCAUGAUUAUAUAGCAUUUAGCAUGUAGCAUUUAGCAUGCACAGCUGUAUGAGUUUUCUAUGAAUAGGACCAUCCAGCUCUGCAGGUGUUCCUAAUAUUGUGGCCGUUACUGCGAUCAAAUCUUCCUUUAUGAACCUGUGAAGCUUUUUUUCGUACUCGUAUUGUAUCGCUCGUAUUUGUACAGUCCUCUCCACAGGUCGUUAAGAUGUUUUAUAGCAGCGUUAUUUUUGCCUUUUUUUUAUUUUAUUACAAAAACUCCAAACUAAGGCUUUAAGGAAAACAAGCGGACUUUCUCUCCGGUUUGUAGCGAUUAAGAAAAUCAAUAUUUUGCCAUAUUGGCGAUGAACGGUUACCCUCCUGUUGGCCGUUGGAGGAACUGCAGAGCUACUUCCACUCUUAGGUGCUUUCAAAUGUUUACUUGUGUUGAACCCAUUAAAACAGGGUUGUCCAACAAGCGGCCCAGACUGCUUGUUUUCUAGCGGCCCACGGCACAUACUUUUCAUCAAAUUACUAAUAAUUAGUAAUACUGCUCAUUUUUCUACUAAAAAUACCGUUAAAAAUCUAAAAAUGUAAUUUAGUGAUUACAAAAUGCCAUUAAACUACCCCAAAAUGCACGAUAUACAUGUAAAAGAUGAAUUACUUAAAAUAAUGUCAAAAAAGUAUUUUAAAAUGCCAAUACAUUAAAGACAAUGCCAUCAAACUACCUCAAACCUCCCAUUAAAUUAAUAGAAAAAUUACUAUUAACUACAAAUGCCAUUAAAUGACCCAAAAUUCCAAUUCAAUUGCAAAAAAUACCCAUUAAAGUACUGUAACAAUAUCAUUAAAUACUAAAGAAAGUCAUUAAAUUGAAAAAAAAAUACUCCAGAAAAUGUUGUUAAAUUACCCAAAAAUUCACAAUCAAUUUGUUAAAGAUUCUCAUGAAUUACUUUUAAAAACAACAAUAAAUAAUUAAAAAUGGCAAUAAAUUAUUUAAACAAAUUGCCAUUAAAUUACCCCAAAAUUCCAGAUUAUUUACAAAAAAUCCAUUAAAUCAUAAAAACAAUGUCGUUAAAUAACGAAAGAAAAUCAUUAAAUUGCAAAAGAAAUACUCCAGAAAAUGUUGUUAAAUUACUCAAAAAUUCACAGCCAAUUUGUUGAAGAUUGCCAUAAAUUACUUUUAAAAAUAACAAUAACUAAAAAAAAAAUGCCAAUAAAUUCUUUAAACAAAAUGCCAUUAAACUACCCAAAAAUCCACGAUUUACAUGUAAAAACUAAAUUACUUAAAUUAAUCUCAAAAUAAUAUUUUAAAAUGCCAAUAAAUUAAAGACAAUGCCAUCAAAUUACCUUGAAUGCCAUUAAAUGACCCAAAAUUCCAAUACAAUUACAAAAAAUACCCAUUUAAAUACUAUAACAAUGCCGUUAAAUACUAAAGAAAGUCAUUAAAUUGCAAAAAAAAUACUCCAGAAAAUGUUGUUGAAUUACCCUAAAGAUUAACAAUCAAUUUGUUAAAGAUUCUCAUAAAUUACUUUUAAAAAUAACAACUAAUUAAAACAUGCCAAUAAAUUCUUUAAACAAAAUGCCAGAUUAAUUACACAAAAAUCCAUUAAAUCAUAAAAACAAUGUCGUUAAAUAACAAAAGAAAGUCAUUGAAUUACUAAAAAAUGCCAUUAAUUACUAUAGAAAGCCAUUAAAUUGCAAAAAAAAAAAUACCAUAACUUUUUUUUUUAAUGUUUUGUUAAAAUACCCCAAAAUUUGCAAUCAAAUUGUUAAAGAUUCUCACAAAUAAUUUUUAAAAUUAACAAUAAUUUUAAAAAAUGCCAAUAAAUUCUUAAAGAAAAUGCAAUUAAAUUACCUCAAAAUCCAAAUUAUUUAAAUAAACAAAUACCAUUAAUUAACUAAAAAUGCAGUUCAAUUACCCCAAAUUCCAGUAAAAUUACAAAUAGAUUCAGUUCAAUUAUUAAAACAAUGCUUAACAAUUGCGCAAAAAAAAUGCCAUUAAAUUACCAAAAAAAAUCACAAUAAAGUUGUUGAAGACUCUCAUCAAAUUAUUUUAAAAAUAUAUAAGUAAAUAAAAAAUGUUCAAUAUUCAAAAUUCCCAUUAAAUUAUUUUUAACAAUACAAUUAAAACACAAAAAAUUUAGUUAACUAACCCAAAUUUCAAUUAAAUAACGAACAAUUAUAAAUAACACAAAAUUACCCUAAAAGUCCUACUAAAUCACCUCCAAAAAUUUUUAAUUAUUACAAAUUAGGGGAAACAAAACGUGGAACCGUUAAGACUAACGACCUUAAUAAUACGUGCAGUAUAUAACUUUUGAACAUGUCAUUUUACUUGGACUGCAAAAGACCGAAGCAUGUUCAGAAACAUUUUGACGCAAAUAUUGUACUGCAAGAAAUUAAAGAAAGAUGUAAUAGUUGUUUUCUUACAUUUCUGCUUGCCAUCUCAAAAUAAUUGGACAGCCCUGCUUUAAAGCUAAUUGACUUUCGGCUGUGCACUUACUCACCUUUGCUAAAUUCAAUUGUUUUUACCAACCAGCCAUCCCAAAAGAAAGUGUAUUUUAUUCCUAAUUUAUUGACUAUGGGCAUUAUUAUACUGCAUGAGUUGACUUUAAUGUAAGAUAUUGUAUUUAUACGCGCUGGCAGAGUACACAAAACCUCCUAGAUAAUCCUUGUAUGGACAAUCUUGUACAGUUUCAUCUUCAUUCAUCACCUUAUUGUCGCCAUUAAAAAGGAAUC